AAACAGGCAUUCACUCUCUCAGACAAACAGUCAACUUUCUGUGCGAAUACUAUGGCAGCACAGCAGGAGAGAUUCAACAGGAGGGAAUCGAUGAUUUUGGGAGAAGAAAAAGUGAGAUAUCAUCACGAAGUGAACAAAUAGAAGGGCAGAAAAUGUCCGAGUGUAUUUUGCUAUGCGCACUGUGGUUGGCUCAUCGCGGUUUUUUAUUGUAUUUACAGCUAUUCCCUGCAUGCCUACAUCUUCAUGUCUUGAGGACUACAGUCCUUAUUUGUUGAAGCUCUUCAGUAUUGAAUAACCUCUUCACCAGUAUGGCUACACCGGCAGUGCUUUGCAUCAUCUUGGGAGAAAAUGACUCAUCCAAAAUAUCCCUGCCUUCAGGAAUACCAGCUUCUGUUGAGGAACUAAAAAGUGAGAUAAAAAGACAAUGUGAGGUGUUGGAAGACUUCAGACUACAAUACAAGGACAAGGAUUUUGAUGAGUUCAUAAACCUGAAGUCCACCUCUGAGAUCCAAAGCAAAGCUAUCAUCAAAGUGAUUUACCUCCCAAGUGUUUUGCCAACAAGUAGCCUUUGCCUGUCUUCAGAGACUACUUCUAUUUCAUCAGUGGACACGGACAUCCUGUCAUCUGACUCUUCGUCGUCAUCCCUGAGAUGUGAGCCAUGGCCGGACAACUUUCCUGUGCCUGAAUUCACCUACAAUGUUGAGCUCCAACUCGAGCGUGGGAAUGCUGACUUCCAAAAUAAUGGUACCCUGCUCAGUCCAAGUCCAAAACUGAAGUCAGACAUUCUCGAAAGUUUGGCAUCCCAGAUCAUCAAAUUUAAAGCUUAUCCAUCCAGUGCUGAAUUUGAUGAUGUAGCGAAAGCACUCGUGAAGAAACACCCAUGUUUAAAGGAGCAAGGUUCUGUUUCCGGGUUUUAUGGGUGGAAGAUAAGCUUAAAAUAUAAAAUGGCAAACUAUCGCACAAUGCUGCGCAACAUUGGAUGCACUGAGCUGACUGUGAAUUCCCUCAAGCGGAAACAAGGUGAUUCACGCACAUCUCCGAAUCAAGUGAAAAAAGCGAGAAGAGCAGAAGUAAACUACUGUCCUGAUUAUCCGUCAGGACAAUCCCAGGAUAGCCUUGAGGAAGAGAGGCUGGCACUAUUGUCUGAAGUGAAAAAGAGCAACAACCAUCAGGUGGUUAAGGCAAAAAUGGAAAUGACAUUUGCUUAUCGGAGACAUGAGGUGAUUGAAGACAGGCCUUUCAUUGCCGAGUUCAAAAGGAGAUGGCCAGCUCUCUUCUCUGAGCAAGAGGUGGAAGCAGAGUUUACUGGGAUCACCACUGUGCCACUGCGAUCCAAAUUUAUGCAACAGCUCGAUCAUCACACUGCACGGCUGAUAACAAUCCUGAAGAAGAAAGGGGGAGCGGCAGGAUUGAAAAUAAAGAAGAUCAUGAAAGACUUGGACAAGACAGAUGCCAUUGAAACAAGAAGAGCCUGCGUGCUCAAAGCACUCAUGGUCUACGUCAAUGAAGACCCUGACCACCUAAUUCGAGGGUACAUAGAUGUUGAAGACAACCAGAAGGCUAUGGACGAGACAGUCCUGGGAAUUUAUGCCAUCACUGUUGAAGGUGCAGAGCCCACAGAUUGCCUGGCGGAUGUUGGUAUAAUCAUUGAAGGACUGAAUGUGCUCGAUGAACUUGGCAACAUCGCGAAUGCUGUUGCCAUUUUGCUUGGCCUCAUGUACUCACUUGACUUGAGCUAUCCAACAAAUCUCAAGUAUACAUUUGAAGUUCUGCAGAAGCUUGUCAUAGAACUAGAUGCCAACAAACUGCCAACAAAGGUGCAAGUGCUAAAGAACAAACUCUUUGAAGGAACACCUUAGACAGGUGUUGUGUUGCUUUUUGAUCUGCAUGUUAAACUGAGGAAUGGACUCAAUGUUGCAGAUUGGAUGCCUAACUGUUUAAUGGACUUUCACAAAAAGAGCAGAACAUAACUUCACCAAAGACAAAUUAGAAGUUGCAGAAGGGAUCAACAUUGACGAGUAAUGGACAAUGAGGAAUGGAGAGUGAUAACAUAACAUCAACAAAAAAUUCCAAGUUCUCCAUCAAAAGAUUUGGCAAUGUUUGUGGUAAAUGCCUUCUCCUCACAGACUGUUGCGGACUAGUUGUUGUUGUUUUUUUGGUUCAUAUUUGAAUUCUAGACACCUUUUUUGCUUCACUCAGUGCUGAAGUUAGGAAGUUAUUGGAUGCCUAACUGUUGAACAGACUUUGCCAAAAGGAGCAAAACAUAACCUUAAAAAAAGACAAUGACAAGAGGAGAACAGUGAGAAAUGGACAGCGAUGGGUGAAUACUGAUAAUGGUAGCACUGAGGAGAAACAAACCAGUUCAAGUUCUCUGUCGUAAGAUUUGGCAAUGUUUGUGGAAAAUGCAUUCUCACAGACUGUUGUGGACUAUUUUUUUUUUUUAGUUCAAAUGUGAAUGCCUUCCUACAGUGCUGAAGUGGCAUGAAGGAAAAUAUUAUUUUGAGGGUUUAUACUUUACACAAAUGUGUGUUCACAAUUCCAAAGGUCUCACUAUUCAGUAUUGUGAUCAAUUCAGAUUCAGAUGCUUUUAAGCAAUUAAGAUGCAUUUGUUUUCAUUGAGCAGUUUCAUACAGUGCUGAAGUGGCAUAAAGCAAAAUAUUAUUUUGAGUGUUUUAACUUUACACAAAUGUGUGUUCACAAUUCCAAAGGUCUCACUGUUCAGUAUUGUGAUCAAUUCAGAUUCAGAUAUUUUUCAGCAAUUUAGAUGUAAUUAUUUUCAUUAGGCAGUUUGUAACAACCAUAUUAGACAUUUUCUAAAAAAAAAAAGAGGAGGCAACAACAUGUUGAAAAAAUGUCUGCCUUUAAAUUUUGGAUUUCUGUGUAAUAAAUGUUUUCAGAACA